AUGUUUGCUGCACGAAGAGCAUUUUCGGGCGCUGCCCAAUCCAGAGCUUUCUCAGCUUCUGCCAGAGACUUGUCUAAAGUCGCUGUCUUGGGAGCUGCCGGUGGAAUCGGACAACCUCUGUCUCUUCUCUUGAAGCUCAACCCCCGCGUCACCGACCUCGCUCUCUACGAUAUCCGCUUGGCACCAGGUGUCGCUGCUGAUGUCGCCCAUAUCAACACCAAGAGCAAGGUCACCGGAUACGAUGCGUCCCCAACCGGUCUCGCCGGCGCCCUCAAGGGCGCUGAGAUUGUCCUCAUUCCCGCCGGUGUCCCCCGUAAGCCAGGAAUGACCCGUGACGAUCUUUUCAACACCAACGCCUCUAUCGUCCGCGAUCUCGCUAAGGCCGUUGCCGAAAACGCCCCUGAUGCCAACAUUCUCGUCAUCUCUAACCCAGUCAACAGCACCGUUCCGAUCGUUGCCGAGAUCUUCAAAGCCCGUGGAGUCUACAACCCCAAGCGUCUGUUUGGUGUCACGACUCUCGAUGUUGUCCGUGCUUCUCGGUUCGUCUCUGAGAUCAAGGGCACCGACCCUGCCGAUGAGAACAUCACCGUUGUCGGUGGUCACUCCGGUGUCACCAUCGUCCCCCUACUAUCGCAAUCCAAGCACGCCGAUCUCGUUGGUGACGCCAACCUGUUGAAGCGCGUCCAAUUCGGAGGUGACGAGGUCGUCCAGGCCAAGGAUGGUGCCGGAUCUGCUACUCUCUCAAUGGCAAUGGCUGGUGCUCGUUUCGCCGAGAGCUUGUUGAAGGCUGCGCAAGGCGAGAAGGGUGUUGUCGAGCCAACCUUCGUGGACAGCCCAUUGUACAAGGACCAAGGUGUUGACUUCUUUGCCAGCAAGGUCCUUUUGGGCCCCAAGGGUGUUGAGGAGAUCAAGGAGGUUGGCAAGGUUUCUGCGGAGGAGCAGAAGCUUUUGGAUGCUUGCUUGGCGGACUUGAAGAAGAACAUCGAGAAGGGUGUUGCUUUCGUUGCUGCUAACCCAGGAAAAUAA